AUGCUGCUGGCGCGGCAAGGGCCCCGGGUGCGGGCGUUUGUCGCCACGCUCGUCGGCUACGACGCCGACAUCAUCGACGAGGUCAUGCAGGCGACGAUGCUCGUCGCUUGGAAGAAGCUCGAUACGUUCCGCUACGAGGAAGAGCAGCCGACCGAGGAACUGAUCCGUUGGGUCUGCACGAUCGCUCGGUUUGAGGUGCUGGGCUACCUGCGGGACAAAAAACGCCGGCAGACGUUGGCGUUCGACGAACAUCUGGUGGGCGAGCUGGCUGAGUUGCAAGACGAGAAGAGCGACCUGCUCGACGCGCGGCGCUCGGCGCUGCGGGGUUGCCUCAAGCAACUCGAGCCCAAGCAGCAAGAGGCGAUCCGGAUGCGUUACGGCGUCGGCCUGUCGAUGACCGAGGUCGCGACCCGCCAGAACCGCAGCGUCAAAGCGGCUACCGUCGCGAU